AUGUCUCUCAAAGUAAUUGACGUUCGCUUCGAGCACUAUCGCCACCCUAAUACCCUAGGCGUUCACGAAAAGAAACCACGCAUCUCGUGGCGCUUUCAAGGCGCACCGCCUGGCUUUGAACAAGAGGCCUAUGAGAUACGGGUUAACAAGAGUUUCGGGCAACAAAAGGAUCAUGUUUGUACUGUUGAGAUUGAAUCAUCGCAGUCUUACUUGGUUCCUUGGCCUGCAGAGGCACUUGUGUCCCGUCAGAGAUACACCGUCUCUGUCAGAGUAAAGGGCAAAGGCCAAACCGCCUUCACCGAGUGGAGCGAUGAUGCAUGGUUAGAAACCGGCAUCUUUGAGCGAAGUUGCUGGAAGGGCAACUUCAUUUCCGCUCCAUGGUCUGAAAAACACAACGAUAAGCCCCAGCCAGAAGAUCUCUUUCGCAAGAACUUCCGGUUGAGAGGGACAGUACAAUCAGCCAGACUGUACAUUACAGCUCGAGGUGUAUACGAAGCCGAGAUCAAUGGUCAACGCGUCGGUGAUCACUUCUUGGCACCUGGCUGGACUUGCUACGAUGAUCGGUUGACAUACCAGACUUACAAUGUCACCGAAUCACUCAAUGACCAAGACAAUUGCUUGGGUAUUCGUUUGGCCGAAGGAUGGUUCACCGGUCGCCUAAGCUUUGACGGCGGCCGAAGAAAUAUCUACGGUCCUCGAACAAGUUUACUAGCUCAGCUUGAGUUACGUUUUGACGAUGGAACUACUCAAAUUGUCUCGACAAAUGACGAGUGGACAGUAUCCCAGGGUCCAAUCCGUCAGGCAGAGCUGUAUGACGGAGAAAAGUACGACUCCACUCUCGAGACCCCAGGAUGGUCUUCUCCUGGUGAUAUGAAUGGCCCUUGGGAGAAAGCAGAAGAGGUGCCGUUCGUAUCUGAGAAAAUUGAACUUGCCGCUGCUAUUACCGAGCCAGUUCGUCGUAUCGAAUCUGUGGCGCCUGUGGGGAAAAUUGUCACGCCAACAGGAAAGACCAUUAUCGACUUUGGUCAGAACUUGGUGGGCUAUGUCCGCAUCAAACAGGUCAAAGGCCCUCGCGGACACAAAGUCACCUUAAGACAUGCCGAAGUUCUUGAGAAUGGAGAAUUGGGCACAAGACCUCUAAGAAAAUGCGAUGCCACUGAUAUCUACACACUUAGAGGUGAUGCAGAACCAGAGAGCUAUGAGCCAAGAUUUACCUAUCAUGGCUUUCGCUAUCUACAGAUCGAAGACUGGCCUUGGCCUGAAAAAGAUGUUACAGACGCAGUUGAGGCCGUGGUGUGUCACACGGAUAUGGAAGAACAGGGACAAUUCUCAUGCUCCGAUGACAAACUCAACAAGCUUUUUAGCAAUGUCCGCUGGAGCAUGAGAGACAACUUUCUUUCGAUACCUACAGACUGCCCCCAACGAGAUGAACGUCUCGGAUGGACAGGAGACCUGGCAUUAUUCGCCCCAACAGCUACUUUCAUCUAUGGUUGCUUUCCGAUUCUGAAAGACUGGCUCAAGGGCGUCUGGUUUGAUCAGAAACAGCGAGGAGGAAUCCCUCCAAUGGUCUCGCCAAAUGUCCUUGACAAGUGCAGGAUAUGGGGCCCUAUUUGGCCCUGUGCGAUUUGGCACGAUGUUGUCGUUUUGGCACCAUGGGCUUUGUAUCAAGAGACAGCAGAUCCAUCUAUUUUGUCCGACCAGUUCGAGUCUAUGGAGGCUUGGUUGAGAAUCAUCCCCAGGAACAAAAACGGUUCUACGCAUCUUUGGUCGUUUGAUGCGGAUCAGCUUGCGGACUGGCUUGACCCGAGUGCACCACCAGACGAUGCAGCCAAAGCUACGACUGAUCCCCCAUUAGUCGCCAAUGCAUUCCUGAUACAUUGUCUCGACAUUAUGGGGCAGGUCUGUAGUGUGCUUGGAAAGUCAGAAAGUAGCUCACACUACACGACAUGGGCCGAAAAGGCUCGUGUUGAAUUUUCUCAAGAAUAUGCUUCACCAAAUGGCCGUCUGGUAUCAGAUACUCAAACCGCCUAUGCUCUCGCCAUCUGCUUCAAUCUACUGAAGGAGCAACAGCUAUCACGCGCUGGCUCACGGCUCUCAGACAUUGUCAGACGAAACAGCUUUAAAAUAGGCACAGGUUUUGCUGGAACGCCGUAUGUCUGCGAAGCUCUCACACGAACAGGCCACAGCAAUGUAGCUUACACGAUGCUCCUCAACGAGAAGUGUCCUUCUUGGCUGUACGCUAUUUCCAUGGGUGGAACAACAACUUGGGAACGAUGGGAUAGCAUGCUACCAGAUGGGUCAAUCAACCCGGGCGAGAUGACCAGUUUCAACCAUUACGCCUACGGAGCAGUAGCCAAGUUCAUGGUGGAAAGAUUGGCUGGACUUCAACAAGUUGAGGCUGGAUGGAAAAAGUCUAGGAUGCAGCCAGAAAUUAUUGGAGAUUUCACGUGCUCGUCUGCAUCGCAUCUAACCCCUUAUGGAAAGGUGUCGAGUUCUUGGAAGUUGGAGAAUGAAGAUGGCAAGGAUAUGCUGUUUGUGGAUGUUGAGGUACCAACUGGUACAACAAUGGAUGUCGUGCUGCCUGAUGGAGAGCACACCAGGACGGAGAGUGUUGGCUCUGGUAAGUGGUCUUUCAAGGCACGGUUUGAGAAGAGGGUUGAGUGGCCGGUGAAGGAGACGAAGUUCAUAUUGCAGGAGAUUGUCGAGGAAGCUGAGAGAGACGCGUCCCAUUAG